AAAAUAAAUUAAAUAAACUUAAUUCUAUUAAUUAUUACAUAUAAAUAUUAAUAAAAGAAUCUUAGAAGAAGAAGCAAAGCGAACAACAAUUAACAAGCCAUCUUAACGCUAAAGUCAAGAGAAAGAAGCAAUUAUUUUAGUUAUAAAUCAUACAAAGAAAAGAAAAAUGUAAGGUACACACUAAGUAUCUGGCAAUUAAAAUAUUGCUGUUUCUUAAUAAAAUUAUACUCUAGAAACAAAUAUGAGCAUAAAUAAUCCUCCUUCAGUCAUUUAACCUGAUAAUUUAGAAAGGAAAUUACCUGAAAGAGGUGUGACCAGUAAUUAUUAAUAGUAAUAAAAUUUAGUUCAGUCAAAUAUGGCUCUAUAAUUAGUUGGAUAAGAUGACUAAUAUGAAUACAAUCGUAAUCCAAAUAGCGCCAAUAAAGAUUAGAGAUUUUAAUAAUCCAGUACUUAAUCUAUACUGAAUAAGUAGCCUUAAUAAGGAGGAAUAAACUAAUCUAGAGCUGCUCCUAUUCGAAAUGAUACCAAUUUUAAUAGUUAGGUCGGAUUUUAAGGUGCAGAUUUAAAUAAUAAACAGAAAAGCUCUGCUCUACCUUUAUCUAAUGUUAGCAUGAAUGAUUAUAAGAGUUAAGGAAAUCAAAAUCUUUUUCCUUUAAAUUUGAAUCAAAGACCUGAAACUAAUCAUGUGAUAAAGACACAUCCUAGUUAUCGCUAAGAGCAAAUAUUUAGUCAGACUGAAAAGACUCAAUAUCUUGACAAUGAGCCAGGUAUCACAGCAAUUGAGCCUGAUAGACCCUCUCAUGCUCCAAUUUAAAAUUAAUACUACAACACUGUACCAUCUCAACACUAGCAAAUGAAUAGAGUACCAGCGAAUCCAUAAGCAGAUGCAAGAUAUGCAAACGAUAUUCUAGCAGCAAAUAUAUCUCCAAGUGGCCAAAAGAAGUUCCCUCAUAAAAUUUUUGAUAACCCUCCUAUCAGCUAUAGAGGUACUCAUCAGAGAGUUUAUGCUGGAUAGUAAAGAUAAGGAGAGGAAUAGAUGAUUAUGGGACCAAAUGAAAUGAAUAGAACAAUAUAGAAUGAUGAAAACAUUACAAUUUACGAUAAUAAUAAUCAUCCAUUCGAAUAAGGGUAAGAAUUCAAAUACUAAACACCUGGUUAGGGAAAGUCAUUUCACUCUAACUAUCCUGGUUAUGCUCAAAACUAGUAUAACUCAACUUAACAAGGAGUAUUUGGACAUCCAAGUUAAGCAUUGGCUUAAACUAACCAAUAAGGAAUUGUUUAGACCUAGCAUCCAGGGUAUAUUAAAAACAUGAAUUACCUAUAUUAAAUGGUUCCUAACGGAAAAUAUCCACCUUUAAUAUAUCCUUUCAUGACAAGUGAUUUAAACUUAGAUAAAGAAACAGAUCAACUCUAUUUUAGACCUAUAGAAUAAAAUAUCCCUGUUAUUCUAGUAACACUGAAAGCAAGAGUUGAAGGAAAGUUAGAUUUAUGCAACGAAAUUUUACAUGUUAUGGAAUAAGAAUCAUAGUAUUUAAGAAAAAAUUGUGAAGAAGUCCAAAGAAAGUUUUUAUAAACAGAGCACAUUUGUAAGGUCGAGUAUGUUAGCAUUGAGGACGAUUUUGAGUAAAUGUAGAUUGCUAUACAAAAUAUAAAUGAGCAGAUGGGUACUAUUGAGAGUUUAUAGAACCAUAUUGCGAAACAGCUUAUUUAAAGUGAACCUGAGUCUAUCAGAAUGCCAAUUAUUUAGGAUCUAGUUCUAAAUGAAUAUAUUAAAUAGACAAAACUCUCUUUGGAAGAUUUUAAGUAGCCAUUCACAUCAAACUUUGACAAUAAUUACUUGAAUAUGAUUGAAACAAAGAAUUUACCAUAAAUUCUAACAGAUCUGUCUAAAUAUAAUAAAAAAGAUAGAGUUGUUAUGCUAAAAAGCAAAGCUUAGGAAGAAAAUAACCAAUAGUUAGAAUAUAUUUAUUCUUUUAUCAAGCACUUGUAUGAUUGUGAAGCCUUACUCUUUAACAUUUCCACAGAAGUUGAAAGUGCUCUUUUCAGAUAUGCUGAAUUCCUUAUGGAUAUACAAAAAAAAUUAGUAGCUACAUACACUUAUUUAAAUUGCUUUAUAAAUGUAUUGAAUUUAAAUAUCACUCAGUAUUAAGAUAUUAAUCAAUACUAGCAUAAUUAUGAAAUGAUUCUUAAUAGUUCAAAAAAUAUAACCGAUGCACUUCUUGGUGACGUGAAGUUCCGUUAUAAUGACUACUUUGAACAAAAUGAGAAACUUUUGAAUGAAAUCGAAUAUGAAAAGCAAUAGCUUUCAAAAAGUUUGAUAGAGUAUAACCUUUAUAUAAGAGACAUGCUCUAAAAAGGUAUUUAGAUGUAGCAAAAAGAAAACACACCUUUCUUCAUUUAGACACCUCUAUCUAGAUUAGUUGUAUAGGAGUCUCACUAGGUAGACAAAUAUAAAAAAAGACUUGAAUUAAUGGAUUCAGUGAUAAAAGCCUUCAGAUCUUUGCGAUACACUACCUCCUAAGCAAAAGAAUUCGAAUAAUAAGUAGAUGUUUGGUAUAAAGCUCAAUAAACAAAAUACCCAACAGAAGACCAAAUGAAAGAAAAAAUAUAAGAAUUGUAAGCUAUAAUUAUUAAGCUUAUUGAUAUGAGAGAUAAUCUUGGACUUCAUCAUCUUCAGAACUCACAUGUUUAUCUUUACAAAGAAGUGAUGGAGGAGUAUGAAUACCUCUCAAAAAUAAUUGAUAAAAUACAAAAUAUCUAAAUAGAAAUUUCUAAAUAGCUCAACCAAUAAAAUUUAUUAAAAGGAGAUAAUAAUGUUUUAGUCGUAGGUUAAAAAUCUCAAAAGCAGAUAAUCUAGCUCAAUAGCGUAGUUCAAGGAGGUUAGAUCAAUAAUCUUCCCAUCCUCCAAGAAUAAGAUGACAGAGUAAAAAGAUCAAGAUAUUCACCUAAGAAGUAUCAUGACGAUGUUGAUAGAUUCAACUACGAAGUAAAUAAGACUAGACAUCUUCUUCAACAAAAUGCUCAAAGAAUAGACUUGACUGUUAUGGAGAGAUCUAAAUGCUUAGAUAUGCAUGAGGAACUUACUAAUGCUUAAACUCGCUUUUAGAUAUUUGUUGUUAAAACAAGAAUUGAGUAGCUGAUCAAUCCUAAUAAGAUCAAACAAGUUAUUAGCAGUUUGUUUCUUGUUGAAGAGUUGAAAAAGAAAAAAGAAAAGGAUAGUGAUAUUUUUGAAAUUAACAAUGAGCUUGAUAGCUUAAAGACUCAGCUUUAGAGUUUUUUGAGUCCUAAUGAAAACUAAAACAACACUUAUCAGAAGUUAUUAAUCAUAAAAAAUGUUAUUUCUGACUUAGCUUAAAAUUAUCAAAAAUUAACAGCAAGCUUCUUUGAUGCAUAAAAUUGUAAAGAAAUGAUUGAAUAAGGAUUCACCCCUUUACACUAAACUAUGCAAGUCUUCAGAGAAAGCUGCCAAAAACACCUUAAAUCUAAUAGCAAAAGCAAAGUCUUUAAGUAAGAGGAAAUAGACUAAAUAAGUGAGAUUAUUGAUUAAUAUAUUAAAAAUAACACAAAUCAGUUUAUCAAAAAAUCUCAAGAAUUAGAAAUUAAUAAAGAUGUUGAUAUUUCUUAUUCUCACAUGCUAUUCCUAUAAUAGUAAUUAUCUCUGAACCUGGAGGAUGUAUUAUAAUUGAUUGAUGAGAAAUAAAGAGUAGGUGUGGAAUUAAAGGUAAAAAUUAGUGCAGAGGAUUAUUUGAAGUAAAAUGGAAUAAACUUGUAAAAGUAGAGAGACAAUAUAGAAAAAAGAAAGGAGAAUUUAAAAACAAUUACUUCGGUAAAGGGAAUUAAGAAUAAGGAAACCUUAGAGGAAGUUGCUCUGCACAUAAAAGCAGAUGAAAAACAGCUAGAUGUUGUAUUGCAGACAGUCUAAAAUCUUAUUAUGAUCAAGUUGGAUGUUUAAGAAAAAUUACUUGAGUAACUAACAUUUCCUCCAUCAUUUAAUAUCCCUGAAGGCAAAGAAGUGUAGCAUCUCAUUAAAUUUACAGAAAACUUGAAAUUGCAAAUCGAAAAGGCAAUUGAUGACUAUGAAGAUCCUCUAGAUGUUCCUGUAACUACCAUGAUGACAACAGAAGGGGAUGAGCCUAAAAGUGAGGAAAGGAACUUUAAUUUUUCUGUCUUUGAGAAAUUUCCUGAAGAUAAACAAAACGAGAAUGAUAAAGUUUUAAAAUCAAAUAAAAAUCCUCCUGAGUAGAGACUCUUGAUAAUCAAGUAAUCAGUAACAAAAAGUAUGAAAGCAAUAUGUAAAUACUUAGAUUAUAUGAUCAAAUAGUUAGAAUAGUAACAACAAUAGGAAUAGAAGUACUUAUAAACUUAUAAUAAUGCAAUCAUUAUUAUGGAUAAAGUAGGUCGCAAGUCCUUCUUAGAGCUAUGUGAUUUCAUCAAUAACUUAAAGACAAAUUUUGAUUCAUUCUGUACAGGUUUAAUAAAAGUUAUUCCUUAUCAGCUUAAGUUUUUAGUAAAUUUAAUUUAGGCUUCAAAAGAGAAAUACCUUCAUUUUGUUCAUGAAGUGAUUAUAAGAAAGUAUCAAAAAGAGAAUAUCCUGAAUCUAGGAGUACUUAUUUAAAAGAUUGAAGAUUCAUUUGAUUUAAACUAUUUAGUAAAUUUGAUUUUGGAAAAUGUAUCCAGAAACUACACGAAGACUGAAGCCCAAGUAGUGGAACAUGUUGAACUUAUAAAGCAAUGUUUCAACUAUGCUGAAGAGUAAGUUUCGCAAAUUGAGGAUAUUCUUGAUGAAAUUCACAAAUUAAUAGGUGGCGCUUAAUCUAACCAAAAUUUAAAUAUAUUAUUAAGCGAAAUUGCUGAUGAAGAUUUGAUGUAUUUCUGGCAAAGGUACUUUAACUAGGUCAAUGACUUUUAUAAAACCUACUAUGAUAUUAAAAAGAAGAAAAUAAUAACAGAAGAUGAAUCUGAAAUCAAAAUGAUUUUCUAAUAAAAAAUAAAUAAUCUUUUAGUAAGUGUUUAAGGCUAAACGAGGAAAGUUGCAUAAGAAAUAAGUGAUAAAUAUAUUUAAAUAAUAGCAAAUGAUUAUAACUUCUAUAUGCAAUCUUUAAAGCUCGAUAUUCAACAUUAAAGGUCAAAAUCAAAGAUAAAAUGAGCUUUUUUUAGAUAUUCUUUAAAAUUGGAAUUUAAAAAAUGAAAACCAAAAUGAAUAUUUUUGCUCUGAAAUCUUUACAAAAUUUAAGCUAAAAUGAAUUUUUGAACUUCUUAUUUUAUUUAUUUAUUUAAAAAAUUUUUUAAUUUAAUUUUUUAAUCGUUUUCUAUAAUUUGUAUAUUCAUUCAUAGUAUUUUGAACUUCAAAAUUCAAUAAAUUAUGAUUUAUGUAUGUAUUUAUACGAUUAUUUAAAUAAUUUGUUAGCCAGCC